AUGGAACAGGUCAAAUCAUUGGUCGUUGACAUUGUCGGUGAGAUCAAGGAUAUCAAUCAUAUCAUCAACUUGGAGCAUCCAUCUGCAUCAACAACAACUUUGGUCGAUGAGCAAGAUGUUGUUGACAUUGAACAGAUGAUCAACACCAUAACAACAUCUACAUCGGUCAAUCAGUUCAUCAUUGAUGCCACGCAAGCAUCAUCCUCAUCAACAUCACGACCACUCAACGAUGAUGAACUGAUUAGUAUGAUCAAGAACCAUGCCAAACAUAUGCAACUUCGUCCUUAUGUUGGUAAAUCAAAGUUUGGUGAUGUUUUUGUGGAUACAGAGGAAUUCAAAUCGAUUGUGUCUUUUGUAUUCAACUCUGGAUCACUUCACAAGAAGGAGCAUACAAAGAUGUACAUCGAAAUGCUCAAGAGUAUCAUCACAUUCGACCUUAAACAACAUAAGGAAUAUGGAAUAGUUCAACCCAAGACAAGGCUCCAAACGCAGUUGCUUCUGGUGUGUAGGGAGGAGUACGAAAAGGUUAGCAAGCUGUUGGAGACAUUCGAUGCGCUGCCAAUCAAACACACCGAAGCCCAACGCAUGGAGUUCAUGUUGAGAGAAUUCAAGAUCGAUGGCGUUUACAAUUUUAUCGGUGAGCUGUACAACGCCUGUUUACUCGAUGAUCGCCUCAUUUCAGAUAUCCUAAACGAUAAUCUUGGUACAACAACCAAUCAUCCCAUUAAAACCAAGGUGACAUGCGUCUGCAGUUUGAUGGAGUCAGUCGGAAAGAAACUCAGUACAAUCAACAAUGCAGCUUUGGAUUGUCGUUCAACUGAGGGACAACGGAUGGAAUAA